UGGUCUUUGUUGACUGUCCUGUGGGGACGUUGUUCUGCAUGUUGUCAUGAUGGAACUCUGUGUUCAAAGCAAAGUAGAGGAGGCUUUGACUUUAGUGGAUAAAUGGUCACAUUGAUAUCAUGGAAAUCAUUUAUUAAUUUAACAAGUUUGGAGUAGGAUUAGGGCUCAGCAUCAAAGGCUAUCUGGAAAGUUUAUGUAUUACGUUUAACUCGUAAAUAUCAUUCUUAUUGCACAAGCCGUAAACAAAAUGUUGUCAUCAUACAUUUACAUUUUAUACUUUUCUGACUCGUUUUCCCAGAGUGUCUCCUUUUCUGGACUAUUGCACGUGUGUGUAUUUUCAUGAUCGUGGUUUAUUUACCGUCUUGCUCGCACUAUUUGUCAGAGAUAACGGACUAUUUGCUGCCAGGAAAACAGCUUCAAACAAACUCAACUGGGAUUGAAAACAAGAGGAUGACAGUGAUCAUAGGAAAUCAUGCACAGCCAAUGACCAGCAGAUCACCAUGUCCCAGGCUGCCACCUCUGAUGUGGACCCCUCUGCAGACACCACCCCACCACCUGACCAACGCCCCCACGCUGAACCUGACUCCUGUCAGGAUGUCCCAGCAGCCCUCACACCACCCGCAGCCCCUCUGCAGCCUCCUUUGAUCCCUGACAGUUGCAGCCUGCCACAGUCCACCGAGGACAUGACCACAGAGGACACCACCGACCGGUCCGACUGUUCAGAGGGUCCCGCUGACCAACCGGCAGAGCGGGCCCCCGAGGGUCAGGUGAUCGUAUGUGAUCAACCAGUGAGUCUGGAGCCAGACGCAGAGGCUGUGGCAGAGGAUGUGGAGGGGUCACUUGAGGAGAAAGAAAAAGGCUGGGGAGGUUGGGGUUCAUGGGGAAAAUCUCUUCUGAGCAGUGCCACCUCCACAAUGGGUCAGAGCCUGACCUCCGUGAAGGAGAAGGCAGGUGAGGCUCUGCGUCUCCACAGGACCUCAGUAGGAGAGGAGGCACAAGAAGAGGUGGUGGAGGAGGAGGGAGCAGAGGUGAAGACAGAGGGAGGAGGAGAAAGUGGAGAGGCUGACUUGUCCAGCUCGGUGGUGAAUUCCUCUGCGAAUGCUGCGGCUUCUAGCAGAGGCGUUUUCUCUACAAUCACACAUGCUGUGCAGAACACAGGUAAGUCAGUGAUCAGUGGCGGUCUGGAUGCCUUGGAGUUCAUUGGAAAAAAGACUAUGAUUGUUCUUGCUGAGAGCGACCCAGGUUUCAAAAAGACCAAGACCCUGAUGCAGAAGACGGCAUCACUGAGUCAGAUGUUGAAGGAAGCCAAGGAGAAGGAACGGGCACGUCUGAGUAACCAGCCAAUCAGUGCACCCACAGCGCACUAUGGCAUUCUGUUCGACGACUUCCAGGGCUUGUCUCACCUCGAGGCCCUGGAGAUUUUGUCCAAUGAGAGCGAGGCCAAGGUUCAGGCGUUCCUGUCCUCCCUGGCGGAAGAGGAGCUGGAGGAGGUGAAGAAGGAGCUGAUUUUAAUCAAAGAUAUUUUCAUCAAGCAAGAGGAAGGGGAGGAGGAGGAGGAGGAGGAGGGAGACAGAGAAGGAGAACAGACGAAGGAAAACGGUGAUCUAAGUUCCCAAUUACACUGUUCUACCCCCCUGUCUGCUGAUGGCGAAGAGUUUGUGAGUGUUCUCACUGAGCUGCUGUUUGAGCUUCAUGUUGCUGCCACGCCAGACAAACUAAACAAGGCUCGGAUGAGGGCCCAUGAUUGGGUGAGCAAGGUGGAACAACCUGUCACCACGGAGACAGUUGGCAGGGAAACGCAGGACCAGCUGGCAGGAGAAGCCACAUCUGCAGAGAAUGAAAACGAGGAGAAGAAGAAAAAUGAAGAGGAGGAGGAGAUUAAGGGCGGAGAGGAGGAGAAGAAAGAGAGAGAGAAUGACCCCAGAUCAAUAGAGGCUGUCUACCUGUCAUCAGUAGGAAGUCUGGCAGAAGUGACGGCUCGCAGUAUCGAGCAGCUCCACAAGGUGGCAGAGCUCAUCCUCCACGGCCAGGAGUUAGAGAAACCAGCCCGAGACCAGGCACACAUCCUCACCAGGUUGACCUGUGCCAUGUGUAAGGAGGUGGAGUGUUUGGCCAAGAAGUUCUCUGAUUUGCUGCCUCUUGUUGGGGGCCAGAGCAAAGCAGAGGAGCUGAAUCCACUGGUCGACAUUGUGCUGCUAGAGGGCUCCAACAGUACCAACUACAUCCAGAAUGCGUUUCAGCUGCUGCUUCCCGUCCUGCAGAUCUCCCACAUCCAGAGCCAACACUGCAGACCCAGCACAGAACCAGCGGCACAGACAGAGCACUAACACUCACACACACUCACACACACUCACACACACCCGCUUGUCUUAAUAUAUCUAUUGUUGUACAGUGAGCCAUUAGACAGAGAUGAGAUUAUUCCAGAUUAAGUGCUUGUAUCUAUGUUAAGUGCCUCAGUCACUGGCAGAAGAUGUUUAUAUAUGCAGAAUAUAAUCUUGAAGAUCAUAGUAAAAUUAACAGAUAUAUGUAAGAAACGACCCACAUGCAGGUUGUAUGUGUGUUGCCUCCACCUUCUAUCUCUAAAUGUUAUUUUGUUUUGCAGUUGAUAGUUGCUUUGAGGAACCAAACGGUGUUCGGAGCUGUGACUCAAACAAAGGUGCUUUUCUACCUUUUCAACCAAAGACAAAACAUGACUAAUUGUGUUGAAGGGAACACUACAUUAAUGUAUAUUAAGCUUUUUUUGCACUCCUUAUGGUCCAUUGUUAUUUUAGAAAGAAAGAGAUUUGAUUAACACCAGUGAAAUGUCUGUUUUGCAGAAUUGUUUGAGUUUGGAUUGAAACAAAAUGCCAGUAUUAGUGAUGAGACGCCAGUUUUUUUUGUUUUUUUUUUAAAUGGAUUAUAUGAAGCAACACUACGUUAGACUUUCCUCUUCUCCAGUUUGAUAUGAAAGAAAAAUCUGAUCUUCAUACUUUAAAGUAGGAAACAUUAAGUUUAUUCUUCUUCCCUCAUGUGUACACUGAAGAUGUAGUGUAUCUAAAUUCAUUUCUUAUUUUGUUUAGUUGUGCUGCUACACUGAAAAGUGUAUACUCACAUUUCUUGGGGAAAAAAACAUCCAAAACAUGUAGGUGGCUUUUCAUUUUUCUCUUGCCCUCUUGAAUAAAGGCUUUUAAUAGUGUUUUGCCAGGAUCUAUUCAUUAAUACACUAAUUGAUCCUCAGAGGUAAAUAUAUGAACCAUUUUCUGCUUAACCUUUUCUUUGACCACCAGCAGAGUUUAAGCAAGAAUUUGCGACAUUCUCACGGUGCAUCUGUUUUUUAAUAUCCAGUGUUAAACUGGCUCUUUGCUCCAAGCCUGCAGUUAAUCAGACCCCAGUAAGAUAAAGUGCUUGCUUCCCCUUUUCACUUCUCCCUCUCCCCUUUUACACACACAUUGAUUCAGGCAAGAAAGCUUCUCGUAGAAAGCAAAGAAGAUAUCAGUCAGUUGUGUCAUAAUGUUUCGGCUCAGCCCUGCUUCUGCCUUACAAAAUUAUUCGCAAUGAGAGGUGGAAAAUGUUUGGGGAGCCGAGUCAUAUAUUCAACUAUGGACUAACUUGUUAAGCUUGCCCUCUUAUAAAAUGCCCUGAGACUGUUUGAGAAUGAGAUAUAGCAAAUAAAUCUGUUUUAACCAUC